AUGCUUAGAGUGACAACCAAAAACAUUUUCAAAAAUUCAUCAAAAUGCUUGACUAAAAAAUUCCAUAAAUCAUCAAUAUAUAAUGCAGCAUCAAUUUUUAAAAUGCCAGCAAUGUCACCAACAAUGACAGAAGGUGGAAUUGUAUCAUGGAAAGUUAAACCUGGUGAAUCUUUUAAUUCAGGUGAUGUUUUAUUAGAAGUCGAAACUGAUAAAGCAAAUAUAGAUGUUGAGGCAGCUGAUGAUGGGAAAUUAUGGGAAAUCUUGGAAAAUGAUGGAGCUUCUGGAGUACCUGUUGGAAAACCAAUUGCAUAUUUGGCUGAAGUGGAUGAUGAUUUAAGUACUUUAGAAAAACCAAAAAUAGAGGAACAACCAGCACCAAAGAAAGAAGAACCUAAAAAAGAAGAACCUAAAAAAGAAGAACCAAAAGCACCAAAGAAAGAAGCACCACCAAAGAAAGAAUCUACAACAAAAGAAUCAAAACCAAAAGACUCAUCAUCAAUACUUCAAAAAGCAAACCCAGACCAAAAAUUAUCACCAGCUGUAGAAUUAUUAUUAGAUGAAAAUCAUAUUACAAAAGAAGAUGCAUUAAAUAAAAUACAAGCUUCUGGACCUCAAGGUAGAUUAUUAAAAGGUGACGUAUUAGCAUAUUUGGGAUCAAUAAAAGUUGACAGUGUAGUAAAUAUUGCAGAAUUCAUCAAAUCAAGAGAACAUUUAGAUUUAUCAAAUAUACAAAUAGCAAAAUCAGAACCAGCAAAGGAACCUUCAUCACAAAAACAACAACCACCACAAGAAAAACCAAAACCAACAAAUAUUGUAAAUGUAGAAUUAACUUCAAUCACCACCAACGAUAUAUCAAAAUCAAAAUUUAAAUAUGAAUUUGAAAAUUCAAUAAAAUCAGCAAUUCAACAAACUUAUGCAACAAAAUUCCCUCAAUUUGCAACAUCACCAACAGCAUCUACAAUUUAUGAUAAUUAUGAUAUUUUUGAAGAAAUUAUUUCACCACCAGUUACACAAAAUAGAUUUGAAAUAUAUGAUAUAAAUUAUAAAUUUUAUAAUUCUAUAAAACCAAUCAGAAAAAUUGAUGAAUUUGAUGAAAUUUUAGGAUUUGGAUCUAAUAAAGAAGAAAUAGUUACAGAAUUUUCAGAAACUGAUUCAUCAAAUGUUUCAAUAACUUUUAAAAUUAAAUUUAAUGAAAAAUUACAAGAUUCAAAAGAAUUUGUUUCAUUUUUUGAAGAUUCUUUAAUAUCUCAAAUUCCAACUAAUAAGUUAAAAAUUACAAAUUAA